GUGCAUGAGGCAGGAAUGGCAGUUGGAAACUGGACAAGGACUUCUGGGAAAUUCUAAGGAGGGGGUCUUGAGUGCUGAGACACAGAAGGGAGUGGAAGAGUUGUUUCUCUAUGCCAUUUUUCAAGACACCUUUGGAGAUUUCUGUCUCUGACAGAAAUCCUAACAUUGCUGGUUCCUGUGAAACCAACCCUAACUUCUCUGAAGACUUUCAUUCCAUGAACUAUUGAGAUACUGGACUCAACUUGUUCAUCUAUGGCAUACAGAGAGAAAAAGACAUCUGGAAAUGUAUAGAUGUCACUUAUGAGGACAAAACCUUAACAAAGGGAAAUAACUUUAGUCACCAGUUUUUGCAACUCCAGAAAUCUGCAAGAAUAAAGGAAAAAGGAGCUGGUUGUGGAAUAGGAAAACCAGAAUGUGGCUUCAGAAAACCCAAACAAACACAGGACCUGAUUGAUAUAUAUGUAUAUAUAUCAUGAAGCAAAUUGAGAACACACUUUUACUUUGAUGCAGAAGAAAAGAAGCUAGUGAAGCCAAAGAGUUAGAAAAAUACUGGAAAGGGAGAUAUGAAGAUUCUUUGGGGAACAGAAAAAUAUAAGAUCAGAAAUGCAGGACCAGUUUCAAUUGGGAGACAAAGAGACUUCUUUUCCUCUGAAAUUUCAAGGAAGAACCUUCCAGUUCCUGAGCAAUCCCGACGUAGUCCAGCGCCUGCGGAAAUGGUCGAUGCAAGGAAGACUCAGGGUGCAAGCUUUCGGGUUUGACGAGAAUUUCCAGGCCUAUUGCAAAGAUGAUUUCUUCAUGGCCUUUUUUAGAGACCCAAAUGUUAUUUCAAAUUUGCAGUUACUUUCAGAUUUUUCUGGACAAUGGAUUAACUUAGGAGAAGAAGUAAAGAGAAUUGAAGUCAUACAUAUUCCCUGCACACAAAUUUCAAUGGCCUUUUUUGACCGAUUAUACUCUGAAGAAAUUGUUAGAGAGAAUGGACAUAUUGUUAAGUGUUUGGAUAAUUUUUGUGAUCCUUUUGUUAUUUCUGAUGAGUUAAGAAAAGUUUUACUAAUGGAAGACUCGGAAAAAUAUGAGAUAUUCAGCGAAUUAGAUCGGACAGAAUUUCUUUUUUGUAUUUUUAAACAUCUUUGCCUUGGUGGGAUUCUUUGUCAAUAUGAAGAUAUACUUGACCCAUAUCUAGAAACCACAAAGAUGAUCUAUAAGGACCUUGUGAGUGUUAUAAAGGAUCCUCAAACGAAAAAUAUACGUGUUUCUUCUGUUGUCUUUAAGGUUGCAGCAUACGAUGAAAAUGAUAUGUGCUACCCUUCAAAAAAAAAUCAUGAACAAUCAUUUGCUUACUUUAUUGUGGAUCCUUUAAAACGUCACAUUAAUGUUUUGUAUCAUUCUUUUGGUGUAGGUGAACUGUCUUUCUAAUUGAUAUCCCAUGUAUAUGUACAGCUAUUUUUCCAUUUUUUGUUAUUCUUUGUAUAAAAGUUUAUGAGUUGUUUGGUAGAGAACUCAACUUCUGAGAAAAUUCAGUUUAUAAUUUACUUCACAUAAAAUGUUGUGUGCCUCAAAAAAAGAGAAUAAAAUCCUAAUCUUUAGUGAUGGAUUACUGUUCUUCUGGAUUACUAAUAGAGGAAUAGACUUCCAUCUUACAUUUCCACUUAAUACUAAUGAAAUCUGGAUUUAUUCUUGAAAAUUACUUGUAAGAAAAAUUUAGUCUGUAAUUAGAUACAUACUUUCAAUCUUAUUCAAUCUUUAUUUACUCCACAUAUUUUAUGUUAAAGCUAUUUUUAUAAAAGUAAUAAAAUAUUUUCUCAGCAAA